UGUCAUUUUUAAGUCAAAACUAGAAAAACAAUAAACGCACGUGUGAUUUUAUAAAGAGCUCUCAAAAUUAAUUUGGAAUAAUAAUAAAACAGUAUGGUUAAGCCAAAAAAAGCCAAUUUAGUUCAAAAUAAAAAUGUAGCUUUGGAGAAGCAAUUAGUUCAGGGUAAAAUAACGAAACGAAAAAACAAAGAUAAGUUUCAUUUGCGCGCAGAAGAAAGUUCGGUGCUAGAUAGCAAAACAAGCAAAAAAAUUUUAGAUGCUGCGAAAGCCCAACAGUUGGAACUUAACGAUGAUAAUUUCCCUAGCCUAGGGGGGAAAAAAGCCUACACUCAUGUCAACAUAGGAGAAAUUGCUGAAGAGGACGAAAAUAAAGAUGUCACUGAAAAUGACUUUAUGGAUAAUUUAGAAAUCGAUGAAGAAGAUGCCAAAGCAUUCGAACGUUUUCAAAAUCCUCAGGAAGGAAAACGAACAUUAAAAUUAUCUGACAUCAUACUGGAAAAAAUCCAAGAAAAACAACAAGAUAUUCAGAGUAAACUCACUGAUAAUGGAUCUCUUAAUAUAGAGGAUAUAGACCCCCGGGUUCGAGAAAUGUAUGAAGGAGUUAGAGAUGUAAUGAAGCGGUAUCGAAGUGGGAAAGUUCCGAAAGCAUUUAAAAUUAUUCCAAGACUACGAAAUUGGGAGCAGAUUUUAUUUAUAACGGAACCGCAUAAUUGGAGUGCUGCAGCUAUGUUUCAAGGAACACGUAUAUUUUGUUCAGUUCUCUCGCACGCAAUGGCUCAGCGGUUUUAUAAUUUGGUUUUGUUGCCGCGGAUAAGAGACGAUCUUUGUGAAUAUAAAAAACUUAAUAUGCAUUUGUACAAUGCUUUAAAAAAAGCACUAUUCAAACCAGCUGCUUUUAUGAAAGGUAUAAUACUUCCUUUGUUAGAGGCUGGCGAUUGCACAUUGCGAGAAGCAAUUAUAUUUGGAAGCGUCAUCGCACGCAGUUCGAUUCCCGUAUUGCAUUCGUCAGCAUGUUUACUCAAAAUAUGUGAAAUGGGAUAUACAGGAGCAAAUUCAAUAUUUAUUCGCUACUUCCUUGACAAGCGUUAUGCAUUACCUUACCGUGUUAUCGAUGCCGCCGUAUUCCAUUUUAUUAGAUUUGAAAAUGAUAAACGUGAAAUGCCUGUAUUGUGGCAUCAAAGCUUAUUAACAUUUGCACAACGUUAUAAGAACGACAUUUCUUCCGAGCAAAAAGAAGCUUUGCUUAAUUUAUUAAGAAAGCAAUCACACCCAAAGAUUACACCUGAAAUUCGAAGAGAACUUUUGGCAUCAAGUUGUAGAGAUAUUGAAAUGAUGGAAUAUAGCAAUGAGACUGCUGCAAUGCCAGUAGAAAUGUACACUGAUAAAGAUGUUUGCUAUGAGUAAACAUGUUCAACGUAUAGCAUAUAAAUGUGAUUCUGUAUUUAUUGCUAGUUAUCAAUAAUUAACCAAAAUUUCUAGAAAAGUUUUCAUUAAUCUGAAAACUAGUAGAAGAGAGGACAAAAUGAGAGCGUAAAAAGCAGAGUGAGCUGUUAAGGGGUCGUCUCAGUGUGAAAUUUUCGAAAAAAGGAUAAUAUUAUUAUAUAUUAUACAUACAUUAUCGGAUAGUAUGCACUGUAGUAAACAUUCUCUCAAAUUUUGAAAACGAAAUACAAAUUAUUACGGUCACUACAGCGUUUCAUGUAGAAACGGAACAGAGUGGGGAACAUAGCGACUCCAACACAUAAACGCGUUUUUCUCACAAUGGUGUUUUUCUAAACGGUUUCCACUCUCAAAGAAAGUGUUUUGUUUAUCUAGUUCAAAAUUGGAGAGAACAUUUUAAUCGUCAUUCUCUAUAACGCUAUGGAAGCUUUUUUUUACGAAAAACUGUAGAAGUCACAAUAAGACGAUCCCUUAAGUUCUAAUAAUGAAAUUUUUACUAGUCGAAAUUAGUUGCUGUCAUAAGAAAACAUACCUUAAUUUCAUUAAUUUCUAAUAGUUUUGAAUUGUUAAGAAACAAAUCAGAUAUUAGUUACAUAACUACAACUACACAAAAUGUUAGUGUUUGGACUUAUUAGAAUUCGAAGUAAAUGGUAACAUAAUAAUGAAUAUGCAUAUAUAUUAAUUACAUAUUAUAUAAUAUUAUUAUUUUUUAUUAUGAAUAUGAAUUCGUUGGUUUCUUUCAGUCGUUUGCUUUAGCUCAAAAUAUCAUAUACUUAUCUUAGAGAAUAAAUUAUUUAAAAUUCUAUUGGUUAAUUCAAGCUACAACAUAGUGUGGUUGUACUCAGAUUUACUCCCUAAUUUCAGCUAGUUUUCUGGUUUUUACCUUGUCAUUGGUUCGCUUUUUGUGAAAAUAACUGAACAAUUUUUGGAUUCUUUCUGAUAGCUGGCAGUUACUAUUAAUACCGAAACACAUUUUGUACUUUAAUAACAUUUGUAAUAUGCAAGAUGUACAAAAAAUACAGUUAUGUAAUAUUUUUGAAAUUACUAACAAGUUCUUAAUUUCUAUUCAAUAAUUUAUCUUAAAAUAUAAAUUGAGUCCAAUUACAACGCUUAUUUUGAAACCCUUA